AUUAUGGUGAAAUUUAAAAACAUUACUAAAAAAUCUAAAGUAUAGAAUUAAUUAAUCCAAAUAUAUGCAGUAUAAAAACCCAAUGAAUUGAACUAGCUUUAGAUAUAACCAAACGCCGUAAAAUGGGGUCGAGCCAGAGCAGAAAAAAAAGGUUCCGCAAAUAUUAUACCCUCACCACAACCACCACCUCCGCCGCCACUUAUGAAACCCGCGCCGCCGCGACGCCCUCGGCCCACUUGACGUUCAGGUAUGACGACGAUCAAGUCAACAACGGAGCCACCAAUGUCGUCACCACUGUUGACCGCCGGUCAAACAGCGGAGCUCCCCGUGGCGGGGUCGGUGGCGGCCGGGUUGAUCACGAAGACAACGACAACGACGAGUACAUCGAUCUCAAAGCCACGGAAUACAUCGCAAGGGUGCGGGAAAAGCUGAGGUUGCAAAAUGAAUCCGAGGAUGGAUUAGAGAAUGCGGUUAGGUCGGAGUGGUCUGCCGGUGGUGGUAGCGGCGGCGACGAUGUGGUCUCUCCACCGUGUAUUGAUGCACAAGCCGAGGCCUACAUCUCGUCCGUUCGCGAAAAACUUUUACUCGAAACCCACUCUAAAUGAAUUGAAUUGAAAAUAAAAUUACUAAAGUCAUAUGUGAAAACUUUAUUGGGCACAAGGAAUAUAUUACCUUGCAUGCACAUUACUAUGAAGG